AUGCUCACCCGUAGUAGAGCUCCGUUCUACGGCAUUAUCCGGGGAAACGCGGCUACACCACUUGGUUCAAUAGUCCUUCCAGUCACCUUUGGGACGAAGGACAACUACCGCACGGUGAACAUAAAGUUCGAGGUGGAUGGCUUCAAGUUAUCAUACCACGCCAUCCUCGGCAGACCAGCAUUGACCAAAUUCAUGGUCGUGCCUCACUACGUCUACCUACUACUCAAGAUGUUAGGCAAGACAGGCGUACUCAUGUUCCGCGGUGACUUGAAGAAGUCGUGCGACUGCGACCAAGAGGCGAUCGAGUAA